GACUAUAACCGAGCCUAUCAUAGACACAACAAACAUGAGUUGUUAAUUUGUUGUAGUAUGAUGUAACGUGAAGGUCGUCAGUUUCUUGUUAUCGAUCAAAAUGACUAUUUUUCGUAAAUGUAUUUAUUUAUUUUUAAUUUUUGAACCAAUAUUCUGUGCAAAUAAUAAAUUUCCCGACGAUUUUCUGUUCGGAGUCGCGAGUUCGGCUUAUCAAAUUGAAGGUGGCUAUGAUAGUAGAGGAAAAACCACUUUUGACCACCACUGGGAGCUGAAUUCCUCCAUGGUAUCCGACUCCUCCAAUGCCAAAAUCGCCUGUGACUCCUACCACCAAUACCAAAAAGACAUCGAGCUUUUAUCCUACUUGGGAGUCGAUUUUUACCGGUUUUCCAUCUCCUGGGCCCGAAUUUUACCAAAUGGGUUCCCUAACAAAAUCAAUCCAGACGGCAUCCGUUACUACAACGCCCUAAUCGAUGGUCUUUUGGCCAAAAAUAUCCAACCCAUGGUCACAAUGUUCCACUUUGAUUUACCCAAACCCCUUCAGGACCUCGGUGGGUGGACAAACCCCAUAAUUGCUGACCUUUUCGAGGAAUACGCUCGCAUUUUGUUCAAAAAUUUUGGCGAUAGAGUCAAGUACUGGAUUACCAUUAACUCGAACACUUGGGGGUAUGGUGACAGUGACUGGCCCCCAAUGGUAGACCAGUCGGGAUUUGGGGAUUAUUUAGCCAUCAAGAACACUAUUUUGGGACACGCUAAAGUGUACCAUUUGGCCAAGGGCGAGUUUAGGGAGCAAGAGGCCCAGAUUGGGUUCGUGGUCGAUGGGCGAUGGUACGAACCAGGGAGCGAGUCCACCCAAGACCGUGACGCCGCAGAACGUGCAAGGGAUUUUAACGUCGGGUUGUGGCUUAAUCCCAUUUAUGGUAGUGGCGAUUUUCCCCAAAUUGUCAAAGAAAGAGUGAAAUUAACAAGCGAGAAAGAGGGCUUUGCCAAAUCAAGGCUACCCCAAUUUACCGCAGACGAAAUAAAAUUUGUGAAAAAUAGUUUCGAUUUUCUGGGGGUUAAUAUCUAUACGUCUUUUCUGGUCAAAGAUGUGGAUGAACAAAAUGAUAAAGAGUUUUCGUGGGAUAAAGACGUAAAGGCGGGGGUUUAUCAAGAUGUGAAGUGGGAAGGGGCGAAGUCUGAUUGGUUGAAAGUGACGCCCUGGGGGGUGCGAAAAAUUUUGAGCUGGAUUAAACAAAAAUACGAUAACCCGCCAAUUUUUAUUACAGAGAAUGGGUUUUCGGAUGCGGGCGAAAUUGAGGAUUUAGAGAGGGUUAAUUUUAUGAAGUUGUAUCUUAAGGCUUUACUUGAAGCCAUUGACAGGGAUGGAGUUAAUGUGAAAGGCUAUGCUGCUUGGAGUUUAUUAGACAACUUCGAAUGGCUUGUAGGAUAUACGGAAAAGUUCGGUUUGUAUCAUGUGGACUUCGCCGACCCUGGUCGCAGGCGAACUCCGAAAACUUCAUCAAAGUGGUACAAGAAACUGAUCGAGCGAAGACAAUUGGACGAAACAAUUCCCUCCGAUACGUACAAAACAGAACUAUAAUAAAUUCUUGUUGUUUGUUUUUUUUUGUUGUUGUUUAAUAAAAUAAACUUGUCGUUUCACGUAACAAGUGGAGCAACGAAUCGAA